AUGGAGCCAAAGAAGAUAAGAAAUAAAAAGAAAAAUAAAAAGGGAAACAUGGAUGACGAAAGAUUUAAGACAGUUUUGAACGAUCCACGUUUUGAUGCACUACCGCGAAAGGAAAGGAAAGUAGUGAUCGACGAAAGGUUUAAAGACAUGUUGACAAGUAGAAAAUUUGCGUCAAAAAGUAACGUCGAUAUGCGCGGUCGACAUGUCAGUUUGAGACCAAAAAACGAUUUAAAUGUGUUGUAUGAAUUGUCAAGUGAUGGUAGUGUGGAUGUUGAGUCAGAAGAGGACAAGGAAAUUAAAAUUGAUUUAGCUCGCGGGAAUGGUAACAUAACAUCUAGUGACGAAGAUUCAUCUUCCGAAUGGGAAUUGGAAGAAGUAGAAAAAGAGACGCAUAACUGGGGUGAAACUGAUAGGGAUGCUCGUCGAGUUGAGUGGGCAUCUCAUCGUUUAGCUUUGUGCAAUAUGGAGUGGGAUCGAAUUUCGGCAAUUGAUAUUUUUGUUAUGAUAUCCUCAUUCAAACCACCUGCACCAGCUGCUAUCCGAUCAGUGACAAUAUAUAAAUCGGAUUUUGGUCAGAAGCGUUUAGAAGAAGAAGAACGUAUGGGACCCAAAUUGACUAAGCUAAAAAAACCAAUUGAGGAUACGGAAGAAAUGGAUGAAGAAACUCGUGAAGCAAUGAGAGCUUACCAAUUGGAAAGGAUGAGAUAUUAUUAUGCUGUUAUUGAGUGCGAUGGGUUGGAAACAGCCUCUUACCUCUAUGAAGCAUGUGAUGGUGUUGAAUUCGAAAGUAGCUCUAUACGUUUGGAUUUCCGCUUUAUACCCGAUGAUAUGACCUUUGAAAAUAAUGCAAUUAAGGAGCGGGUUACUGAAGAAGAUAUCAAUUUCAAUGCAUUUAAGCCCAAGAUUUUUGAAAGUGCAGCUUUAUCGAAGUCGUCUGCUAAACUCACGUGGGAUGAAACAGAUCCGGAACGUAUCAAAGCAGAACAGGAUGCAUUUCUUCCAGAUGCAGAUCUUGAUCAAGUCCAGCAUUUAUUGGCGCCAUGUUCAUCUGACGAAGAGAACAGUGAAACAGGAAAAAAUAUAGUGUUACUAAAAGAAGCGGAAACAGAAGCUUUAAAAAAAGCUGAUCCGGUGAUGGAAGUAACGUGGGAUGUAGAAAUGACAGAUGAUAUGAUUUUGAAUAAUAAAAAGAAAAAAUGUGGUGAGCCGACACCUUGGGAAAAAUAUCUUGAGAAGAGGAAAGCGAAACGCAGAGAACGAAAAGCUAUGAUUGCUGAUCUGAAGAAAAAGCAGAAGGCAGAAAUGGUUGAAAAUGCUGUUGAAAAUGUUACUAAGCCAUCUGCAAAAAAUAAGCUGAAAAAACGUAUCAAAAGUAGUGAAUCAGAUUAUAUCGAUGAUGAAAGGUUCAAAGCUUUGUAUAGCAACAGUGCUUUUGCUAUUGAUCAAUCUCAUCCUCUGUUCAAAUCAUCAAAACUCGCUCUAAGACAGGUUGAAGAGAAGCGGAAACAUAAAGUUGUUGCCAGUCCAAUCGAAGAUAACGUUGAAACGCUAGCAAAUAAGUUGAAAAAAAAGCAAGUGAUGCGAAAAAAUUGA